GUUCCGGGCAGCCCAACGCAAUGCCCUUGCGCCUGCUGCCAUCCGCCACACCCUACCCUCAAUCACCUUUGAAACGCUACCGAACGCUCACGCUCAACUACAAUGCCGUUCCGAGCGUACUUAGCCGACUACGAGAGGAGACAUGGGCCAGUGACUGACCACACUGGCUACAGUGGUGGCGGGGGUGGCGUGGACACAGGACGGGAUGUCCGGGAACGGGAAGAGCUGGCGUUCAGGAUAUUGGCGUCAUUGCCGAGAUCCAGCCUUGCGGUGCUCCAGCAUAGGAUUGAGCCGCUGCUGAAGUUGGACAUUGUCGGGUUGUUGCCGACAGAGGUCGCACUCGAAGUAUUCUCGUACCUGCCCUACCAAUCGCUCCUCACGUGUGCUCUUGUGUGCACGCGGUGGCGCGUUUUAGCAGACGACCAAACUCUUUGGAAGAGCCUAUGUCUGGAGCGAAAAUGGGAAUGGCGCGUCCGCCCGGAUGCGCAUGAAACCGGCGCAAGAAGCCCCCCCGGCGAGCAUGUCGAAUCAGAUUUGGAUGACGAGGGGAUGGGAGACGAAGAGGACGAUGACCUCAUGCACGUCGACGACUCUGGAUUCGCAUCCAUGGAUAUCAACGGACAUGACACAGUUCGCGUCGGCCUACCGUCGACUUCCUCAUUCUCAGCAACUGCCCAUCUAUCCCUAACCAUCAAUUCCUCUCACACACUCCCCGAUCUCCUCGCUGGCCCGUCGAGGGGUAGAAUGCAAUCCCCUCGUGAACGCCACUCCGCCCCAUCACUCCUGCAUACUUCCGCGGUUCAGAAACUUGCUCUCGCGUCUCCGCCAAAUCCCGAUCCAAAGCCAGACUACAAGACCCUGCACCAGACGCACGUCAAGCUCAGGAAUCGUUUCACGACCGGCCAGUACACGCUCUCGAACUUGCAAACGCGCGGCACCCCCAACGGGCAUACGAACACGAUAUACUGCCUGCAGCUGUAUACGUACCCCGAGAGCGGCACGCAGGUGCUCUUCACGGGCUCCAAAGACCGCACCGUGCGCGAGUGGGACCUCCAGACAGGCGCGGUGAUCCGCGUGCUCGAGGGCGCGCACGAGAGCUCGGUGCUGAGCAUCUGCGUGCACCGCGGCCUCCUCGCCAGCGCGAGCAGCGACAGAUGCGUCGUCGUGUGGGACCUGGCGCACAACAAGGUGAUUAGGACGAUCCGCGACCAUGAGGAUAGCGUCCUCUGUGUGCGCUUUGACGACAAGAGACUCGUGUCGUGUUCCAAAGACAGGACGGUUCGGACAUACCUCUUCCCGCAUCUAGGGCAGCAGCAUGUGCUUAGUGCGCACCGCGCCGCGGUGAACGCCGUCUCAAUCGCGAACAAGCACAUCAUUUCCGUUUCUGGAGAUAGGUCGCUCCGACUUUGGGACGCGGACACUGGGGCGUGCCUACGCACGUUUGAGAACCAUCACCGCCGUGGGAUCGCAAGCAUUGACUACAAGCAUCCAUUUGUGCUGUCCGGAUCAUCCGAUAAACACAUCCGGCUACUUGAUGUCUCCACUCUGCAGGGUUGGUCGACCAACCCUGCCGUGACGGACAAACCGGCGGCGCCUGGUGGCCUUGGGCGUACUGUCUCGGUUGUCUGCGAGUCUUGCGGAAGCAGUACCUCUGCUGGAGAGCCUUCUCAGCCUCCGCGUCGGCGCGCGCACGAAGAUCUCGUGCGCAGCGUUGCCCUUAGCUCGGAUCUCGUCAUCAGUGGGAGUUACGACUUCACCGUCAAGGUUUGGGAUCGAAAGACGGGCGCACUUGUUGCCGACCUCGCCGGGGGGCAUACGGGCCGCAUCUUCUGCGUGGGGUCUGAUUGCACGAAGAUCGUCUCCUGUGGUGAGGACCAGAGGAUAUGCAUAUGGGACUUCUCGCAUGGGAUCGAUACGUCAUACCUCAAGCUCUGAUUAUGCGGCCUGCGACAUUGGCCUUCUGGCGUUGGCACGGAUCGGUGUCGCUCUCGCCCAUUGUUGUACUGUACUCCCGGGAUACUGAAUGUCUGGACUAUCCACACGCUCAUUGACAGUAGC